UUCAGCGUGCGUGUGACAGAGAAAGGGAGUGUACUAGGUAGACCGGUGACUCAGUGAUACUGACACUCCUUAAUCCAUGUAGUUUGGCCGUAUUUCGAGGUAGAUGAGAAGGAUAGAUGUUGCCAUAACAGACUGAUAGAGGUAGAAGGAUUAUAUCGGAGAGACAAGUCGGUUCAGAGCGAUUGGGUUCAUCUGAGAGAAGGAAGGAGAAGACGUACAGGGAUACAGACAGAAAACCCAGCAACCCAUUCCAACAAACUCCUAUCUGGCUAUGACUGACGUCCUCCCCGGCAGCCAUGCCGGAACUCCAGAGCCAGAGCUCCGCCUGGUCCUCCUAGGGACCAUCGGCUGUGGCAAGACCCUGWCAGGAGACACCCUCCUSGGCCAGUCCUCCUCCGGCUCUCCCUCCUCCUCUGGUUCUUCCCCCAGGCUUUGCCAGCUGAGGCGUGGGGCCUCUGAGGGCCGGAGGUUGACUGUGGURGAGGCCCCUCGCUGGUACUGGAGCGGGGGCCACAUGGAGGCUGGGGUGAGGAAGGAGACAGAGAGGGCACUUGAGCUGGSURCCCMGGGGCCACACGCCUUCCUGCUGCUGGUUCCUGUCGGCCAGUUCACUGAGGUGGAGCGCAGAGUGCCCGCUGAGAUGGAGGAGGUGUUUGGGGAGGGGGUGUUGAAACACACCCUGGUGCUGUUCACCUGUGGUGACUACCUGAUGGGCCGGGGGGCGGGACAGUACCUGGAGGGAGAGGACCCUGGGCUCAGGGAGGUGAUUGACAGGUGUGGGGGCCAAUUUACCAUGGGAUGA